CCAUCUAAUCGAAUGCUUCAAGGCACUAACAUGGCUUCCACUUCUACUCUCAAGACUCGGUGUUUCUCAUUCGCUCUCCUUCUCUUCUCCAUAACCUUCGUCAAGUCAGAUGACAGUACCGUAGGCAUUGUCGCGAAAGCAAUGGCAUGUUUUGACAAUAAUGUGGUGUAUAGCAAUUGCCAAGAAUCAUAUAGACUGAGUGCCGCGGGGACAUUCAAUGUUCCUCUAGAGGCGACCGAUGACUUCUGUGGCGGUCCAUGCCUCUACGAGACAAAGCUAUUGCUUUCGUGUGUUGAUCACAUACUAUAUAAUUUCAGAUUCUACAACGGUGCAUCCGUGGGAGUUGUCAAGUACACCCUCGAUGAAGGUUGUGGCCAUACGAGUAAGAGAGGAGAUUUUAAUGUUGCUGAACAUUUGGGUGAGAAUCCUUUCUCAUAUGGCUAUGGCAAUGGCUAUGGCUAUGGCCAUGCUAACAAGAUUGCAGUUCCCAUCUACUUGUUGAUACUCUUCAGUGUUUUGCUUCUUAUGUGAAGUUACCGAUAUUAUGACAAGGAAAUUCUAUCCCCUCCCAACGACCACCACAUUAUACUACUACUAUGUAUGUAUAGCUAUGCGGGGAUAAACAAUCAAACAUAAGGAUAAAACAUAUGUCUAUGCACGGAUAAAUAUGAGCAUGUGUAUGUCUAAAAAUAUCAGUUUGGUGCA